AUGAACGCACCGGUACAUGAGCGCAGUGGCACCAGCAGCAGCAACGCGCCACCGGCGCACAAGAAGCAGCGCCACGAAGGUGCGUGUAGUGGCAAGGUCCUUCAAGACGGUGACGCCGAUAGUGUGCGUGUCUGGGGUGUCCUCGUCGCGCAGAACCUGCCGUCGAGAGAAAACGGGCUGCUGGCACACGCGCAGCGUUGCGGCUGCCCUGCGGAAGAGGCACACGCGCCGGGGAAAGAGUCAGCGGCGCAGCUGAUAGCUUCAUCGUCCCUGCGCGACCCUGGAGAGGACUGGUUGUGGCGGCACGUUUCACCAGCUCUGCGGCAGUUCUACUUGCCGACGUGCUCCCACAGCGGCAGCAAGUACCCCUGCGCGCCAGCCUCGCCGCAGCAGGAGGGAAGCAAGUCUCACCCCUCACCACCUCGCCUUCUCCUGCCUCUGUGCGGCACUCGCAGCAACAACGGCGCGGUCCGUCUCGGUCGCCUCGCCAGCAACGACAUCGUCCUCGCCACGAAUCCGUGCGUCAGCAGUGUGCACUGCACCAUCGCCUACCAAUCAGGAAGUGAUCAUCGUCACGGUGACGCUGCAGCAGCGGCUACAGUAGCAGCAGAAGACAAGGAGGCACAUAGGGCCGCCUACGAGGCGACCGGCGCCAUGGCCAAAGUCGCGGCCCCGCUUCAUCACAGGCCUCAACCCACAACGGAGGUGCCAGCGGUGCCGCAUCCACGCGGCGAUGCAGCCGCCCGCAACGCCGCCGCCAGGCAGCCGCAGCAGCGGCAACAACAACGGUCCGCCAACGCUCACGUUAUGCUCUCUGACUACAGCACAAACGGAUGCAUCGUCAACGGCCAGAAGGUGGGCAAAGGUCGCUCGGUGCGUCUGCGCGACGGUGACGUGGUGGAACUCAUCAACGCCGGCCCGCGGCACACGACGAACUACAACCUCUCGUUUCACUUCCUCACUGCGGAGGGGUUUGUGCGUUGGGUGAUGGAGCAGCCGCAUAGGGCAAGCACGACGCAAGGCGCCGAUGAGGGCACCACCACCUUGGCGGAGAAGGAGCAGCACCAACGUCAAGCACUGCAGACAGCUGCGCAGCGGCGUGCGCUGCUGUGCAGAGCGCAGUGGAACGUCGAGGCGCAGGUGCGGCGCAUGUACGGUCACAGCGUUGACGAGUACUACUCCCUUGAUCGGGCGCACCCGCUGGGCCAGGGAACGUUCGGCACCGUGUACCGUGCCGCCUUGCGCGCAGAGGCGUCAACCUCAUCGCAGUCGCCGUCCCUCCUUGACGCCGGCGGUGUGGUCGCGGCUGGCGUGCCCUCAAGUUGGGAGCACGUCUUCAGCGGCGACGGCGUGGGUGAGUGGACGGCGAACCCGUCAGAGGCGGCUGAGCUACGGGAAGCCUACAUACGGGAGAAGGAGCGACGGGCGCCGGUCGCGGUGCUGCAGGUGUCCGCGUCGGCGGCCUCGACGACAGCAGCGGAGGCGGACACCACCACUACCGAUGCUGCGCCACAGGUGUUCGCCGUCAAGAUCAUCCGCAAGCAGCGGAUGUUGGUGGAAGCUCUUCGGCGACGGCGGCAGCAGCAGCAGCAGCAGCAUCCCGAGGAAGGCGAAAGCGGUACAGAUCGCACACCUGUGUCGUGCAUCCACACCACCGCCACCGUCGCCACCCCUGAUACUGCGGGGGCAGUGCCAGGGACGAUAUCGGCCGAAGAUGCCGCGGUGAUUGAGCAGUUGUUGCUCAUGGAGACGCAGCCGGACGAUCUGGCCCUGCAGAGACGGAAGGAAUGGACAGCAGGUGUGCUCGCCCAUCUUCAGCUUGCCGACUCAACGCCCACUGCCCUGACGCCGUCCUCCUCGCUCAGCGCAUUGUGGAAGUCGCCGCACAAGCGGCGAGACGGCGACGACUCGAGUGAUGACGGGGACGCACAGCGACUGCCGCGGCAAGAUCGUGAGCAACGCCGUCGAGAGCUGAUCCGCUGCCUCCCCGAGGCACUCCGCCGCACAUACGAGAGAGAGCUGCAGCACCGCCGCCGUCAGCAGCGCGAGAUCAACAUUCUCCUCGCCGUGCGUCACCGCAACGUCACCGCACUGUACGAGGUGUUUGACCAGCCAGACCACCUGGCGCUGGUGAUGGAGCAGGCGACCGGAGGGGAGGUGUGGGACCUGCUGCAGAUCUACAAACGACGCGAGCGUGGCGCGAACAACCGCCGUAGCACCGGUGCGCAGCGGCUCGGCAACGGCAGCGGCGACUCGACAACGGCAGCGGUGGGUGCAGCUACGUGCGACGACGACGACGUUGAACUCGUCUCCGUCGGCGGUCCGCUGCCGGAGUUCAUUGUGAAGAUUAUCAUCGUUCAAGUGAUUGAGGCAGUGUUGUACCUGCACACGAUGGGCAUCAUCCACCGUGACUUGAAGCUCGAGAAUCUGAUGCUGCAGCGCCCCUGCGACCGCUACACCCUCAACGCGCUGCAGCUGCAGACGUUGGUUCAUCAGCUCCGCGCCUACUCUCACCCGCACCACGCAAGCGACGCGUCCACAUCCGCCGCGACGACGCGUGAGGAGGGCAGUGCGGCGGUGGAGUUCACGAAUCCGCUGUCAGUGCUUUACACGGUGCACGUACCGCGGCACAUGUGGCCGGUCGUCAAGGUCAUGGAUUUCGGUCUCUCGCAUGUGCUCGACCAGCUGCAGACACAUCCGUUCGACUCCACAGGGGCACUGCACGGCCUCACCGGGAUGCUCUCGCAGAUGUCACAGGACGUUGAAGGCAGGCCUGCGGCGGCGGCAGCAGCAGCCACGGAGGCGGUGCCGGAGCGGGUGAAGCUCAUCUACUCCCGAAACGACGCAACGACGAGCUGCGGCACCCCUAUCUACGCAGCCCCUGAGGUCACCAACCCGGCCUUGCGCCCGGACAAGAUGGGGUACGGCGCAGCAGUCGACAUGUACUCCGUCGGCGUCAUCGCGUACGCGCUGCUGACGGGGCGGGCACCGUUUCCGUCAGCAAAAAAACCGCGGCGACCCGGCGGGCCACCUUUGGUGAACUAUGACGCCCCCCUGCGCUUCCAGCGGCACCGUCGCCGCCCAGCCAGUGCUGGGCCGCUCCCAUCGUCACGGCCGUCCAGCUCUGCGGCACGUCCUCCUCCUGAUGUUGCGUGUCUACCUCCGCUGUCUGUGGUAGAGUCGGUGCGCGUGGUGCUGCCGAAAAAAUGCGCCGAGACGUCAGCUGCGUCUUCCGCCACCUCGGAGCAGACUCGACAGUGGCACCGGCGCGUCGAGGCGGUGGCGGCGUCUAUGCGGUGUGCGGAGCAGAAGCGUGCCCAUGCUGAGGACAGCGAUGGCGGCAGCAGCGCGACGUCGGCUGACUCGCGCUUUGACGCCACUGUGGAGCAGCUCUGCGCAUCACUCACCACGUACGCCGACACGUGUGCGUCGGGUGGGCUGGAGGUGGACCUCGAUCGCCUUGUGUACGUCUCCGCGGACGCUGCCGCGACCGGUGCGCAGGCAAACCCGUCCGUCGGUCGCGUGAUGGCGCCUGAUGGACACGUCGCGGAUGUGUUGCUGCCCCCCAUCUCGGCGCUCGGCGCCUCCUUCAUUCGCGGACUUCUGGAGAAGUACCCUUCGCGGCGGCUGACGGCGUACGAGGCGCUGCGGCAUCCGUGGUUGCGGGAAUGUGUGUGA